AUGGAGGUAGAGGGAGACAGAGGGAGGCAGAGGGAGGUAGAGGGAGGAAGAGGGAGGCAGAGGGAGACAGAGGGAGGCAGAGGGAGGCAGAGGGAGACAGAGGGAGGCAGAGGGAGGCAGAGGGAGACAGAGGGAGGUAGAGGGAGACAGAGGGAGACAGAGGGAGGCACAGGGAGAGGGAGGCAGAGGGAGGCAGAGGGAGGCAGAGGGAGACAGAGGGAGGUAGAGGGAGGCAGAGGGAGGCAGAGGAAGACAGAGGGAGGCAGAGGGAGGCAGAGGAAGACAGAGGGAGGCAGAGGGAGGCAGAGGGAGACAGAGGGAGGCAGAGGGAGACAGAGGGAGGCAGAGGGAGGCAGAGAGAGACAGAGGGAGACAGAGGGAGGCAGAGGGAGGCAGAGGGAGGCAGAGGGAGGCAGAGGGAGACAGAGGGAGGUAGAGGGAGGCAGAGAGAGACAGAGGGAGGCAGAGGGAGGCAGAGGGAGGCAGAGGGAGGCAGAGGGAGGUAGAGGGAGACAGAGGGAGGCAGAGGGAGGCAGAGGGAGGUAG